AUGGCAAGCAAAAAUCUGCUGCUGAACGUCCACAGCAACCUGGAACCUCCGAAACCAGACGGUAGUACCGUGCUAAUGCGGGGAAAUUACCAGUACUAUCACUACGGGUGCGAUGGAUUCCAAGAUAUGGGUUGGGGUUGCGGUUAUCGAACACUUCAGUCGAUCUGUUCGUGGAUCCUUGAGAACGGCUCCCCAGACACAUCCCAGCCUGGUGAGGUCCCCAACAUUCCCACCAUCCAAGAGACGCUUGUUGCAAUCAAAGACAAGCCGGAGCGGUUCUUCGGAUCGCGCGAAUGGAUCGGGACGCUCGAGGCGAUUUACGUCAUCGACACCUUGUUCAACGUGUCUUGCAAAGUGUUGCACAUAGCCCGCAGGGACAGCAUCGCGAAACACGCGGACGCUUUGCGCGAUUACUUCGAGCAAUACGGCGGAUUGAUCAUGAUGGGUGGUGACAUGGAUGCAGCCUCGAAGGGAAUCGCCGGGAUCCAUGUUAGUGUAGACCAAGAUGUCUAUCUCUUGGUGGUCGAUCCGCACUUCGCUGGACGAAUCAUGACGAAGGAGGAGCUCUACACGAAGCAAUACGUCAAAUGGCAGAAAGUAGAGGACUUCGUCGAUAGUUCCUUUUACAACCUGUGCCUGCCGAUGGUAAAGAGCCGAGAGCUGGUGGCGUAGACCUCUCGGAUCAUGUUCGUGUUACAUAACGAUAGAGAGGCUUCCAAAAGGUAGAUGGCCUAUAAGAAAAUAAAAAUUAGGAAAAUACACACACACACACACACACACACACUACAAACAAGGCAAACGAGCGGAAAU